GUUGCACCGUGCACGCACCCGGAAGGCCUGUACCCGUUAAAACCCCGGCAAAUCCCCUCCCAUCCCUCGCGCUGCCUCUCUAUUCUCCCACCCCACCGCUCACCAUGGCCGCUGUCGGCAAGGCAUCUGGCCGCCGGGCGGCCAGCUGCUUCUUCGAGGUCCGCAAGCGCGAGAUCGGCUCAUCCAGCUCCCGCGCUUCCUCGUCCCAAAUCAGCGGCUCCGAGGGCCUAAUUUUGCGGAUGAGCCAAUAUGGAAAGUUGCGAGGCCAUAGUGGCUGUGUUAAUACUGUAAGCUUCAAUCCUGCUGGUGACCUCCUUGUGUCUGGUUCAGACGACACAGACAUCAUACUAUGGGACUGGCUUGCUAAAACUAAAAAACUAACUUACCCUUCUGGACAUCAACAAAAUGUCUUUCAUGCUCGUGUGAUGCCAUUCACAGAUGAUAGCACCAUUGUGACCGUUGCUGCUGAUGGUCAGGUUAGGGUGGGACAAAUGAAGCAGGGUGGUGAAUUCACAACCAAACAAAUUGGGGAACAUCAUGAUCGUGCACAUAAGAUGGCUCUCGAACCGGGAAGUCCUCACAUACUUUACAGCUGUGGAGAGGAUGGCUUAGUACAACACUUUGACCUGCGCAGUGAUUCACCAAUAAAGCUUCUCACCUGCUAUUCAUUCUCAAAUAGAAGGCGCCGUGUACGACUGAAUACCAUUGCCAUUGACCCACAGAACCCUAAUUAUUUUUCGAUUGGUGGCUCCGAUGAGUAUGUACGGCUGUAUGAUUUUAGGAAAAUAAACUUGGACUCUUCAAGCAAUAUGGACCUACCAGUUGAUACCUUCUGCCCUAAGCACCUUCUUAUGGGUGGGAAGGUCCACGUCACUAGUAUUGCAUACUCGUAUUCAAGCGAGAUACUUGUCUCAUACAAUGAUGAGCUUAUCUACCUGUUCCAGAACUAUAUGGGUCUUGGUCCAAAUCCUGAAUCAACACAGCCAGAGCAUUUGGACAAGCUCGAGCAGCUACAAUCAUACUCUGGUCACAGAAAUUUCAGAACUGUUAAAGGAGUCAGUUUCUUUGGACCCAAUAAUGAAUAUGUUUUGAGUGGGUCAGACUGCGGGCAUGUGUUCAUUUGGAGGAAAAAGGGAGGUAAGUUGAUGAGGAUGAUGCGUGGCGAUAAAUACGUCGUUAAUUGCAUCGAACCCCAUCCGCAUUUUCCGUUUCUAGCUACUAGUGGGAUCGACAAAAGCAUAAAGACUUGGACACCUUCGUCAAGCAAAGUGAUGCCAUUGCCUCAAUAUGCAAAUCAAAUAAUAGCGUCAAACGAGCGGGAGAGGGAAGCCCAUGCCUCCCAAGGAGAAGUGACGCUUUCAUCAGACGUCAUGAUGCGUGUCUUAAGAUUGCAAAGCAGACGAUCUGAAUUGUAUGCAAAUCAUGAACCAUCUGCUGCCGAUUUUGCAACUGGUGGUGAUGAGACUUUCUUCAUUGGGCUUGGUGAUGGUGAUAGGAACCAAAGAUCGAACUCUGAUCCCAGGGAAUGCAUUGUGACAUGAGGCCAUGGUUUUUAGGUUGCAACUUCACAUUCAGUGAUAUUUAGGCCUUGUUCGGUUUCUUCAAAAUUGGAGGGGUUUGGAAGGGAUUGGGAGGGAUUAAAUCCCCUACAAGUCAAAUUCCACCUCAAUCCCCUGCAUUCCUCUCUAAUCCCCUCCUCGGUGGGAUUAACCGAACAAGGCCUUAAGUGGAAGAAAACUGUUUGGUAGUGUGUCACAACCUGCAACUUCUUUUUUGUUAUUGCGCUAGUAUGUUAGUAUGUUCAAAUCUGUGCUCAGUCUAGUAAAAUAAAGGCGUUCCUUGUUAGGGAAGCCAAUGUAACUAUGAACUAUAUCAGGGAGUGCCUGUCUCCUGUCUGUGACAACCGUGCAGCUUGUACACAAGUUUCAUUGGCUGAGAAAUCAUGGGAGGUUGUCAGCAUUGAAGCCUGAUGUAACAUUUAGGUUCAGAUGUGAUACCGGAUACUGCAUUUUGUGAAUCAUGGACUCAUCACUGAAGCCUGAUGUAACAUUUAGGUUCAGAUGUGAUACCUGAUACUGCAUUUUGUGAA